UUGGAGAACGGAAAGGGGGAAGAAAUUCCAGAGAAAUCUAGACCUCACUCGCUCUCCCUUUCUUUCACUCUUCUUUUCUUUCUGUAUAUUAAACUCUGCAAACGCAUUCCCCUUUCUACGCAUCAUCGUAAUCGUAAUUCUAAUCCGAAUCCUAAUCAUCUUCUUCAUCCAUGGCGGGAUACAAACUGUUGAAGCGGAAAGGCAUCGAUCAUGUUCCCGACGAUUUCUACGAUUUCCCUCUUUCUUCUCCCGCCACCAAGAUUCGCCGUCUGGAUGGUGAGUUGCCGCCAAUUGCAGAGGUGGAACUCGAACAUGAACAACCCUUGCCCAUUUCAGCGGAAGCAGAAGCAGAUGCUUCUCCACCUCCCAACGCAGAGAGAGCUCUCGUUAUCUUCAAGCCGCUAAUGCAUUCGUCUUCUCCGUUCUCUCUCACCCUCGACUCUGAUCUCCUCUCUCGAUUCAAGAGGGAAGCGCAUUGGUCGAAAGGUGACUCUGAUUGCGAGCGCCUCAUAAAAUCAGCGGUGGAGAAGGAAGAACAAGACAAGAGGAAUCGUGGAAUGGCUAUUGUGCCUUGGGCACCCUCAUCCAAUUUCGCGCAAGGUUCCAACAUUGCAAAUACAGAGAUGAUGGAAGCUGAUCACAUGGGUCCAGAACCAGAAGAAGAACCAUCCGUGAUGAUGGAUGUAGAAAACCAACAAGAAGAAAAUAAUAGUCAUUUUAAGUCUUCAAGUUCAAUGCUAAAUCUAAGUAAUGGUGGUGGUGUUCUUGUUGGUGGAGUGGCAGCAACACCAGAAGGGUUCAACCAACAGCAGCAUCAUUGCUUGUGGCCACAUCUUCCUCAAAACAUGUCAACUCCAAUCACAUGGACACGUUGAGACGCAAAUCACCUAUUAGUUUUUACACGCCCUUCCUUUCAUUGUAGUGCUACUAGAUUAGAAUAGAAUGGGAUUGCAAUUUUUUUCAGUUUUGCAGAGAAUUGCACCUUUUCAAUAUCAAGGAAUGGAAUGUGGAUAGGGUUAGGCAUGCCAUGGGACUUGAGAGGAUAGGACGGUAAUCCUUUGUACUUAUGUGGAAGACCAUCCACUUUUAACCAAGAAUUUCAUGUUCUUA